GAAGACUGGCUGCCAGUGCCGUUGAAAUGUCGUCUUGUCAGCUGGUGAGGAGGAGCUUUUUGGGGUCGCUUGCGGUUCCUGCAGCACGCAGCAAAGAAGCCUCCUGUGCGGGAAGGGUUGGCAGAAUCAAUCUGUGCAGACCUGUUUACACGGCUGCUGCCAGCUCUAGUUUUGUGAGCUCGUUCCGGAAGCAAUUGGUGGGGAACCAGAAAGGAAGCUUUCUGUUGUCUAUCGGUUCCUGGAGAACGACUGUUAAGCCACUUGAGCAAUUGCAGUUUCAAAGGAGAAGCGCGAUGGCGUCUGCUAAGAAGGAUGAGGUCAAGGUGUAUCCUUUCUACCUUGCCAACAAGCCUGUCACUCCAAACCAAGCUAUUGAGGUUCUAAACAAGUACACCCAAGAAGUAGGAGCUAAGGUUGCUCGGGCCACGCCAGAGGACAUUGACAAAGCGAUUGGACAUGCAGUAGAAGCUACCGAGGCAAUGGCAGAACUGCCAGCCUUCACGCGCCAGGCGAUCCUUGAGAAGGUUGUGACUGAGGUGACAGGCAGAAAGGAGGAGUUUGCCCGCGCCCUGUGUAUGGAAGCUGGCAAGGCCAUUGUGGAUGCCAGGGGCGAGGUGCAGCGCCUCAUCGACACAUUCAAGAUUGCAGCAGGAGAGGCGGUGCGCCUGUCUGGAGAGUACCUGCCUGUGGACUACGGCCCAAGGGGCAAGGGGUUCCAGUCCAUUGUUCGGCGCUUCCCGAUCGGGCCUGUCUCCAUGGUCUCGCCCUGGAACUUCCCUCUCAACCUAGUUGCACACAAGGUCGCACCCGCCAUUGCCGCGGGAUGCCCCUUCGUCCUGAAGCCCGCCAGCCGCACCCCAAUCGGCGCGCUACUGCUCGGGGAGAUUCUGUCCAAGAUCGAGGAGCUGCCACCUGGCGCGUUCUCCAUCCUGCCCUGCGAGCGCGAUGGGGCCGACCUGUUCACGACCGACGACCGGCUGAAGCUGCUGACGUUCACGGGGAGCGCCUCGGUGGGGUGGCGCAUGAAGGAUCGCGCUGGCAAGAAGAAGGUGGUAUUGGAGCUCGGCGGCAAUGCUGCGUGCAUCGUGGAGGACCUCGUCCCCGACCUGGACGGCACCGUCGCGCGGCUGUGGUUUGCGGGCUUCUACCAGAGCGGGCAGAGCUGCAUCAGCCUGCAGCGGCUGUACGUGCACGAGAAGCACUACGAGGACGUGAAGGCCAAGCUGGUGGAGGAGACCAAGAAGCUGAAGAAGGGGGAUCCCCUUGACGAGGAUACCAAGAUCGGGCCCAUCAUCUCGGAGAAGGAAGCCAUUCGCAUGGAGGAGUGGGUCGAGAAAGCGGUUAAGGCGGGCGGCAAGGUCCUGGUGGGCGGCAAGCGCGACGGGGUGCUCUUCGACGCGACGAUCUUGGAGGACGUUCCCUUCAAGUGCGAGGUGGUGUCCGAGGAGAUUUUCGGGCCCAUCCUAGUUAUCAGCAAGUACUCCGACUUCAAGGACGCGAUCAAGCAGGCGAACGAGUCGCGGUACGGCCUGCAGGCGGGCGUGUUCACCAACGACCUCAACAAGGCCUUCUAUGCGUACGAGAAGCUGCAGGUUGGAGGCGUUCUUAUCAACGACGGCCCUUCUACGCGCUUUGAUAAUCAGCCUUAUGGAGGCCUGAAAGAUUCGGGUAUUGAGAGGGAAGGAGUGAAGUACGCAAUUGAGCACAUGACCGAGCCGAAGAUCAUGCUCAUGCGGAACCUUGGAAAGCUCUAGACUUUUCAAUCGUGUACAAUAGCUGGUCCUUCAAGAAAACAAGCGUGUAGCUUAAGUUUUGAUAAAAGCGAGAAACACAACUAUACACAGUUUAUUGCAUUCCCGUCAUUUUCUUACCAGGAUUGUGCAAGAUGGUCUCUUUUCGUUACGCCGUAGCCAGUGCGGCCAUAGGCUUCUCUUGGCAUACAAUUGUUUGAGUUUGAAGGUGUCUGCUUAUGACAAGAACAACUACCUACCAGCUAUUUCCACACACCGUACCGACGCUACAACUCCAGAUGUAUGCAGACCACUCAAUAAAACGCUUAGGCUUCUUCAGAGGGCUUCAAAACAUCUGAUCAACAAGUGCUUGUCACCGACUCUAGGUUGUAAGGCCCUGGAUGUUGGUAGCAACGGACAGUGGGGUAGGAAGCAUCUGGUAGGCGUUGAAGGAUGAUGGCUCGUGCGUCAUCUUGAUGGCAGUCUAGGUUGGAAUGCAAGGCGCCGGGCCGUUAAAAGAUGCCACCCGAUGAAGAUCUUAACCAUAUCGAAGAUAGCAUGAAUGCGGCUAAGCUCGCAACAUUGGUGGAGUGACCCUUGUGUUGGUACCAUUUGCUUGCGGAU